AAACUAUGAUGCUUCCCCAGACAAAUGAAAAUCUUAGCUACUAAAACUUAGCUAAGGAUACCUCUCUCUCUCUCUCUCUGCCAAUUCUAUCUCUAGCAAGCAUCGCCCUCUUAUCAAGGUUUAAGAAAGUUGGUAGGCUCAAGUUGAGGCGGUUAUCAUGGCACAUUUACUUUCUACCACUUGUUCUUUAGAUGUCUCUUCCAGCAACAAGAUGCAUUUCAAGUCAAUUAACCAAUGUUCUACUCCUAUUCCAACAUCUUUUAAUAUGGGAAUUUCCUUCUCACCUUUGAAAAAGCUAAGCUCGCAAAGGAAAAAGUCUGCACAAUAUGUGGUCAGAGCUUCAGCUGUUUCUAUGAGCCAAGAAGCCACAAAUCAGAACGACUCAGGCUCUCAACAGAGCACUGAUGCAGCUUCCACUAGAAAGAAGGUCAUGGUUAUUGGCGGUGAUGGCUAUUGUGGCUGGGCUACUGCUCUCCACCUAUCCAACAAGGGUUAUGAAGUUGCCAUUGUUGACAACCUUAUUCGUCGCCUAUUUGACCACCAGCUUGGUCUAGAUUCUCUAACACCCAUCUCAUCUAUCCAUAACCGCAUUAGGCGUUGGAAAUCUCUGACAGGAAAAGACAUUCAACUGUUUGUUGGUGAUAUAUGUGACUUUGAUUUCUUGGCAGAAGCCUUCAAAUCCUUUGAACCUGAUGCUGUUGUCCACUUUGGAGAGCAGCGUUCUGCUCCUUAUUCUAUGAUUGAUCGGUCGAGAGCUGUUUUUACCCAACAUAAUAAUGUGAUAGGGACACUUAAUGUACUUUUUGCCAUAAAGGAGUUUAGGGAAGAGUGUCAUUUGGUCAAACUCGGGACAAUGGGAGAAUACGGGACCCCUAACAUAGAUAUUGAAGAAGGUUUUAUAACUAUCACUCAUAAUGGAAGAACAGAUACUCUUCCAUAUCCCAAACAGGCAAGCUCUUUCUAUCAUUUGAGUAAAGUCCAUGAUUCCCACAACAUAGCUUUUACUUGCAAGGCGUGGGGAAUCAGAGCUACCGACCUGAACCAGGGAGUUGUGUAUGGGGUGAGGACUGACGAAACUGCAAUGCAUGAAGAUCUGGUCAACAGACUUGAUUAUGAUGCUGUAUUUGGAACUGCAUUAAAUCGGUUCUGUGUUCAGGCUGCUGUUGGACAUCCACUUACAGUAUACGGUAAAGGAGGGCAGACCAGGGGAUAUUUAGAUAUUAGAGAUACAGUUCAAUGUGUUGAGAUUGCAAUUGCCAAUCCAGCAAACCCAGGAGAGUUCCGUGUUUUCAAUCAAUUCACAGAGCAGUUUUCAGUAAAUGAGCUUGCAGCCCUUGUCACAAAAGCAGGGGAAAAGCUUGGCCUUGAGGUGAAGACCAUAUCGGUACCCAAUCCAAGAGUAGAGGCAGAGGAACACUACUACAAUGCCAAACAUACUAAACUAAUUGAGCUGGGCCUACAACCCCACCUCCUUUCUGAUUCUCUUCUUGACUCACUACUGAACUUUGCUGUUCAAUAUAAGGAUCGUGUCGAUACAAAGCAGAUAAUGCCUAGUGUUUCUUGGAAAAAAAUUGGGGCGAAGCCAAAGACUGUUGCAGCAUAAAUCACUAAGACAAACUUUAAAGACGAGAGGCCUAGAGUUUCCAUCUGCCAUUUUGAAUAGGAGCUAUAAUAUUUUUAUGAACCGUUACACCUUCUUGGUUCGAGUUUUAGGGAAUGUAUUUUUUGUAUUUGGAGCUGGUAGAGUUGUGGGUGUAAAAAUUGUACGACCAAAUGCUUGGGGUUUUGAUGACCAGUUUCAAGACUUAUAUGCAAACUUUGGGUUAUGAAUUACUUGUCCAAGUUAGUUUUGGCUA